AUGCCUCCAACAUCGUCGCCCACAUCAAGUGCCGCCAUGCAUAUGGGCCCUUGCAUGAUCAAUCGUGAACGCAACAACGGGGGAUCUCGAUUACCGAAAAAAGACGUCAAUCGAUUCGUCUUGUCUUACAAUGCCAACUUUUUUUUCCUGCUUGGCAUGUUCAUCUCUUUUGCACAUUGGUAUCUCAUCGACACCAUGCGCUUUAUCACAACCCUUCGACCCUCGACACGCCUCGCCCCGCGUCUUACACCCGCAAUCCGCCCGCUACACCAAACCCGCAUCCUCACCCAAGAGCAAAACAGUGACGGCAGCUUCAUAGAUGGCCUCGCAGGCGGAGACGCCAAGGGUCGAACGGGAGGUGGCGAACCCCUUGAAGCAAGCUCCUCCAACGCGCCGCCUCAGCCCAAAGUCACCAACCAGAGCAUCCCCGGCAGCACCCAGACUGAUACCCUGACCGAGGAGCAGAAGCGCGAGGUGGAGGAGCACAACAGGGAUUUCGACAAGAAGCACGACCAUGGAAAUCAGGCUCCCGAUGACAAGGUUGACAAGAAAUUUUGGGGUGGCGAGGUCCAUGGGGAGUCAAAGGGGACGGGAAAAGUUAAGCCGCCCAAGGAGAAGAGUUGAAUUGAGGACUCUUCUGAAUGAGGGAGUUGUGCUUUCGAAGCUUGUACAGUAAACAAACGGCAACUGCGUUUGCAUUUUCAUCAAGAAGGCUAAUUGACAUCCAUUAUCCGAUCA